AUGUCCUUCUCCAACACAUCCACCGGCGACGCGCCCGCCGACCCGUACACCAAGGCCAACGCCGCCACCGACGUCGACGGUCCUGAAAAGAUCCAGGACCUGGCGUCCUUCCUCGCCACCAGCAAGUACGGCAUGCUGACGACGCGCCAGGCUGGCUCCUCAAGGCUCGUCUCGCGUGGCAUGGCCAUUGCAGGCAGCGCCGACGACAAGAACGGCGGCCUGGACCUCGUCUUUUCGAUCAACACCGAGUCCGGCAAGACGGACGACAUCGCGGCUGACCCGGAGGUCAACGUCUCCGUUCUCGACGCCGAUGGCUCCUGGGCGUCUGUGGCUGGGCACGCGGCCGUCGUCACGGAUCGCGUCGAGGUCAAGAAGUACUACAGCCCGCUGCUCAAGGCCUGGCUGGGGGACCUCGGUGACGGCGUGCACGACGGGUCCGAGAACGACCCGCGCAUCGGGCUGAUCAAGCUCACGGCCGAGACGGCCACGCACAGCGUGGCGCAGAACGGCGCGAUUAAGACGGCACUCAAGGUUACGGCCGCGGCGGUCCAGGGCAAGCCGGCGCAGGUCAACAGCCUGCGGCACAUCUCCGAGGACGAGAUCAAGGCGUGGAGGGCUCUGCACGGAAAGGAAUGA